AUGAGCGUCACUGUUCUUGCCCCUACCCCUGCCCUUCCCCCAGUCAGAAAGACUUCCAUGUGGGGAAAGAUGUUCGGCAACUACAAGAUGGGCAGUGAGGUUGUACCCAUGGAGGACUCUGGCAUGCUCAGCCCUACCAUGCCUAUCCAGAAGACCAGAAUGGCCUCAGUCUCUACUGGCAUUGAACAGAAGAGCACCAUCUACAACCGCAAGGCAUCAGCCAUCUCCAACACCUCGGCCGCAGCCAAGGACGCUCGCAGCUUCUCUGAAAGCUCACCAUCCAAGAACCGCGCAUUCAGCAUCUCGAGCCGUCGCUCUUCCAAGAACAGCAUCAGAAGCUGGUUCAGAAGCGUCAACCCCGAUACUGACGCUGGUGUACCCGCUGUUCCUGCCAUCGACCGCAAGUUCUCUCAGUUCUCCAUGUUCAGCAGCCACAACCCCGACUCUGAAUCAGUCGGUAGCCUUUCGCCUACUGCUUCUCCCACCACUUCUCGCCGUCCUAGCUACGUUCCUCGCAACGCUGCUUCCAGUUUCCUCCGCACUACCACUCCUCUCAGCGCCGAGGAGAAGGCUGAGGUGUGCCGCAGAGAGAGCGUCGCCGAACAGCUCCCUGUUCCCAACAUUUCCUUCAGAACCAAGUCUGUUUCAUCCCCCAAGGCCAACAAGCCCGCUCCUCUCUUCCUCAGCUCCCCUGCCUCCCACGGUCUGCACAGCAUGGAGGGUGUUUGCGACAUCGACGACUCUUCCAGCCUGAUCUCUCCUCGCGGUGGUACUUUCUCUGUUGCAUCUGCUCCUUCGCCCACCGACACCAUCAUGGAAGACCCAAUCGAGGCCCAGGUCGACUCUGCCAAAGCCAGCCCCGAACUCAAUCCUACUAAGAACGAAACCACAGUGGUCGCUGUCGAAUUGGCAUGCUAA